UGUGAGACUACUCUCCCUUGAAAUAAGUUGGAUUCCUAUGUUUUUUGCACAAGCUCUGUUCCUGGUGAAAUUUUGUAAACGGGUAUCAUGGAAGAGAGCCUCCACUUUUCCAAAAGCAGCUUUGAAACUGAAAAGCAACCCAAAAAUCCCUGCUUCCGCUUCUGAUUCUGCUGCUCUUUGAAAACAGUAGGAGACCCAAUUUCCACCACCACAAGUCAAAACUGAAAUCCGAUUGAGUUGCAUGCAGCUCCUCAAACUCCUGUGAUCAGAUUCAGAUGAGUGAGUUGGUAGUUGGUAGUUGCCAUGCUAAGUUGACAGCAAACAAACCCAGCAACCCAGCUUCACUUCAUCCAUCACUGAUAAUUAAUUAAUUAAUUAAUUCUCAAAGUACGAUCAGCACAAGCAGGCACCGGUGAUGUUGCCAUCCGCUCGUCUCCUACUACCAGCAGCAGCAGCGGCAGCCCCAGUGCUUUACAGAUUUUAUAAGUAUUUGAGAGAUGAAGUCAUCAGGGUUCCCCAAAAUCCUCCGGAACUGUCUGAUCUUGAUCUUGCCAUCCUUGAAGAGAUUCGGAAACUCGGCCCCGCCCUCCUUGAUAAGAUUCUCAAGGACCCCGCCCUCCUUGAUGAGUUUCGGAAAAUCGACCCCGCCGUCCUCCAUGAGUUUCGGAAACACGAUCCUGCCAUCAUUGGCAAGAUACUUCAAUCCUGUUUGAAAGACAACAAGGAAGGUGAAAAAGAGGCGGACAGGAGUACUUGUAGCGGGCGCGAAACUGCAAAAGAAAACGAAAAUGGAAACGAAGAGACGGAUGGAGGAGGAGGAGAAAAUAAGAAUGAGAAUGGCGGUGAGGUGGAGAAGAAGGUUGUUGAUAAAGAAAGAAGCAGAAGCCAGCAUUACCCAGUGAGGCCUGGAGCUGGAAAAGGAAAAACAGCAAGGAAAAACAGAAAAAACAAUCAGGUGUCCAAGGACAAGAUGAAGGAAAGGGAAGGGUUGGCAGCAGAGAAGCCAGGCCAGGCAGAAUCCAAGGAUUAUUCCAGGUCAGGAGGACGUAAGUGUGAAAAAGCUUGUAGUUUAAAUCCCGGAAGAGGGGAACCUUCUGUAGCUCCAAUUCUAGAAUGUAACUUUCUGGGCCUGCCAAUUCGGCCGGGGGAGAAAGACUGUUCCUUCUAUAUGCGAAAUGCCUCCUGCAUGUUUGGUACAAACUGCAGGUUUAAUCACCCUGAUCCUACAGCUGUAAGAGAAUCUGAACCCCCAUCUGGAUAUGGUAAUGGCGGAUCUGCAUCAUUACAAGGUGCAUCGUCAUCAACAGCAGCACCAUGGUCUGCACCAAGAUCAUUGAAUGAUGCUCCGCUUUAUGUGCCAAUGGUGAUUCCGCAUGUUCAGAUAGGAAGCUGGGGUAAUGCAGAUGGGGUUUGGGCCCAAUCAGAGGCAGGAAACAAAGAUGAAGCUAGUGGCUGGACAAAACCUGCUUUUAUUAAUGAGAAUCAGAAUGACAGUUGUAAGAAACCAAGUGGUGUAGAUGACAAUAAAAGAGCUUCCUGGGGUAAAGCAGAUGGAGGUUCUACUUGGACUAAACAAGAUGGUGAUGCUACAUGGAAUAAACAAGGUGAAGAUUCUACUAGGAAUAAACAAGAUAGCAGUUCUGCUUGGAAUAAACCAGCAGGAGAUUCUUCUUGGAGUAAACAAGCUGGAGGGUCUUCAUGGUGUAAACAAGCUGAUGUAACAGCAGGACAUGAGUCUGGCGGAGUGGGGAAUCAAGAUAAUGGUUGGAAGAGAGCAAGUUCUUUUGGUGGCAGUCAAUCAAUAGAUGGUGUGAAUGGAGACCAACCUGAGGAUUUCAAUAAUAAUCGAAGUGGUGGGAAUUGGAGAGGUGGUUCAGGUAGAGGAAAUUCAGACAGAGGAGGUUUUAGAGGUGGACGGGGUUUUGUAGGUAGAGGUGGUGAUAGAGAGGAGGAUAGAGGGGGUUUUGGACGUAGAUGGGGUUUUGGUGGUAGAGGUAGAGACAGAGGGAGCUUUGGUGGUAGAGGUAGAUCAGACAAAGGAGGGUUUGGUGGUAGAGGCUAUGGAGGAAGAGGCCGUGGGGGGUAUCAAAGUGGUGGUUGGAGCAAUAGAAAUGAAUCUAUUGAUAAUAACUCAUCAGGCUGGAGCAAAGGGGCAGACGGUGCUGGCGAGGGAUGGAAAAGGGACAAUGGUGGAGGAAGUUGGAACCAAGGAGGUGGCAGUAAGAACGAUUGGCAGGGUAGGAACUCUAGCGGAUGGAGUAGCCAGAGCUCCGGUUGGAACCAGUCUGAUGUGACUAAAGGAAUUGGUGGUUCGGGAUCAGGUUGGAAUCAGACAGUGGAGGCAAAAUAUACUGCUGGCACUCAGGACAAGGGAACAGGUUCUCAUAAUGAAAUGGGCAGAAGCUGGGGAAACAAUUGGAAAUCAUCAGAUGCUUCUAAUGGGGACCAAUCGUCUAGGUGGAAACAAUCGACUGCAGCCAAAGAAGUCAAAGGAAACACUGAUCAAGACGGCGGCCGGAACAAGGGACCGAGCUCAAACGCACAAGCUGGAGGCUGGGGCAACCAGGGUUCAGGUUGGAACAAAGGAACGGGUUCAGGAUUUGGAGGCGGUACCGGAGAGCAACCAAGUGCUGCUGUUGGAGGUCAAUCAUCUGACUGGAAGCAAUCAAGUGCUGCAAGCGGGGCUCAAUCCUCUAGUUGGAAUCAAUCUGGUGAGGCAAAACAAGGAACUGAUGAAGGUGCAAAACCGACUAAUUCAUGGGGCAAAGCAGCAGCAGCAAGCUCUUGGGGCAAGAGUUCUGAUGGUGGAAGUAGCAAAGGAGGGUGGUGAUCAAAUCACCUCCUCAAAUAAUUAGGGGUUUAACUUAAAUGGUGUAGAUACUGCUUUGUCUUUUGCAGAGCUAGAAGGAUCUUAACUUAAAUCCCCGUAUCUAUUGACAAUGGUUGAAAUUUUGGAUGAACCCCAAUCUUGGCUAAACUAUCCCUUUGUCAACGUUCAAGCUUUUCUUAAAAAAGAUGAUGAUUCCACCAUAUCAAAGGGAUUCCUUCCUAAAAUACAGAAUGGAAUGGUUCAGGCUCCAGAAUAUCUACCAGAAAGAAUCUUGCCUGCAACUUGCCUAUGUUAUGAAUCACUCAGUCACUGAGACCAACGCCUAUGAACAACAUCCACAGCAGAAGCAAAUUGAAGAUCUCCCAGAACGACCUGGGUGACAUGUUCGCAAUUAUUUCUCAAGAACAGGGGAUUCCAAGCAUAAAUCUAAGUGCAAAUAUCAAUAUCCAAACAAUCACACUGCAGUGUCCCCCUCAUGGGCACUGAGUGACAAGGGCCUCCCUUUGGGACCACAUCCACAGCAGAAGCAAGUUGAACAACUCCCAGAACGACCUGGGCAACCUGCUUGCAUUUACUUCGCAAGAACAGGGGAUUGUAAGUUUAUAUCUAAUUGCAAAUAUCACCAUCCAAAAAAUCAGACUGCAUUGUUCCCCUCAUGUGCACUGACUGACAAAGGCCUCCCUUUGAGACCAGGCUAGAACAUUUGCACACAAUACAGUAUCUAUGGCAUUUGCAAUUCUGGGCCUGCUUGUAAAUUUGACCAUCCGUCGUUAUCAACUUCCCUUCAGCGACGCAAUGACUACAAAUGGGGCAGGGAACAUCUGGAAGUAGAAGUAGAACUGAUGCUACAAUCAGUCGCAGCCUCUGUAAUAAGUUUUGCAUGAAAUCUGAAAUGGAUGCUAGAGCACAGGAUUCGCAUCACCAAGUACGUGCAACUCCUUUUAUGCUAUUCAGUCUUGGAAAUGUAUCAAACUUUUUAUCCCAGCAGUUUCAGAUGUGAGAAUUUGAUGGAAUGGAUAACUUCGCAAGCA